AUGCUGAUGAGGGUUGUACUCGCAUUAGCUGUCACCCAGGCAGGCUCAGUCUACGGUUUUGCUUUCAUCAUGUGCUGCGAACUCUGCAACAGUAUUGUCGCCGCCGGAUUUCAGGAUCGGCUGUUGUAUCCGGGGUCUGAGGGCUUCGAAGCCCGGAUGGCAAGCACUUUCUCGCUCACUGCCCGUGUCGAGUCCUGCUGUAUCGUUCAACCGCUCACACCAGAUGAGACGUCGAUGGCGCUCACCGCGCUGAUCAAUACCGAGGGCUGCAAUAUUGGCGUCCGAAGCGGGGGCCAUGGCAUGUGGGCAGGGGCCAACUACAUCGCCGACGGUGUCACAAUUGACUUUGGGAACAUGAACUCGACCACUUACAACGCUGAAACCAAUCUAGCCUCGAUCCAGCCCAGAACGAAUUGGGGGUCGGUAUAUAAUGAACUCCAAAAGCACGGGGUCACCGUGCCGGGUGGGCGUGCAUCCACUGUGGGCGUGGCAGGUUUUCUCACCGGAGGUGGUAACAGUUUCUUUGCGGGCAAAGCUGGCUUUGGGUGUGAUAACGUUGUCAAUUUUGAGGUGGUUCUGGCCGAUGGUUCAAUUGUCAAUGCCAACCGGUCUUCAAAUCCAGACCUCUGGCUUGCCCUUAGGGGUGGUCACGGCAACCUGGGACUUGUCACCCGCUUCGACAUGGCAGCGAUACCCUCCGAGAAGGUGUGGGGAGGUGUCCGUGUGUACGCCAAUUCAGCAUCACAGCAGCUUGCCGAUGCCUUCACGUCCCAUGCCGAGGAGGUUGCAGACGACCCGGCCAGCGCAACAGUGAUGUUCUGGUCUUACCAGCCCAUGCUGAAAAUGACCAUUGUCAUUGGUGCGAUUGUCAACACCGACGGUAACGAGAACGCACCUGCGUUGAAGGGUCUCAUGAGCGCUGAGCCAAUGCUCUCCGCUACUUCUCGCAUUACCACACACUCCGGUUUAACGGACGAGCUGGAGCAGCCCUCCGGCUACCAUUUUAUGUGGAUUCCACUGACCUACGCCAAUACAAAAGAGAUGAACUCGUACGCUGUCCAGUUACAUGACUCUCUUGUGGAGGAGCUCAAGACUGAGCUCGGCGAAGACGCCGACUUCAUGACCUAUGUCGCUCUACAGGCCCUGAAUCCCGAGUUGAACAAGCGAUCUGUCGAGCGCGGCGGUAACUUGUUGGGUCUCGAUCGAUGGGAUACGCCUGGUGUCUUGUUCAUGGCAGGACUGGCGACCCGGACUCCGGGGCACGAUGCUGCCGGCCGCGUCAUCCUUCUGCGGUAUCUUGAUAAGGUCAAGGCUCAAGCGAAGAAGUCGGGAGCUUUGAGAGAUUGGCUCUAUAUCAACUAUGGCGACCCUUCAGCAAAUCCGAUUCCAUUCAUGGGCGAGAAGAACCUGGCGACGCUGAAAGCCGCGACGUUAAAGUAUGAUCCCACUGGUGUUUUCCAGACGCGUGUUCUUAGCGGCUUCAAGCUGCCUGUUGAGGACGUAAAGGAAGAAAAGAACAACUCGAUUCCUUCGAAGGACGAGUUAUAA